AUGUGGUUUCUUUUUCGCAUUUCACUGUUUUGUCUUUUAUGUCUUUUGUUUACAUUAUCAUCUCUUCUCACCUCCUCUUUGCUCUCUCUCUUUUUCCCCCAGACACAUUCUUUCCUAUUUUUCUUUUCUGUUUUCCUCUUUGCUUGUCUUUUACUAUGUCCUCCUCUUUUCUCUUUUUCCUCCUUUUUUCCUUUUCUUUGUUUUUCCUCUUCCCUCCUUUCUUUUUUUCCUUCCUUUUCUUCUGUCCUUCUCUUUCCUCUUUUACACAUUCCUUCUCUUUUCCUCUUUCUUUUCAUUUUCAUCUCUUUCCUCCUCGUUUCUCAUCUUUUCCUUAUCUUUUUCUCUUUCCUUAUCUUUCCUUUUUUUCCUUCUUUUCAUCUUUCCUUCUUUUCAUCUUUCCUUCUUUUUUCUUCUUUCCUUAUCUUUCCUUCUGUUUUCCACUUUCAUUCUGUUUUCCGCUUUCAUUCUCUUUACUUCUCUCUCCUUCUCUUUACCUCUUUCGUUCUCUUUACUUCUCUCCUUCUUUUUACCUCUUUCCUUCUCUUUACCUCUUUCCUUCUCUUUUCCUCUUCUGUCAAGGUGAAACAAUUACUUUACUUCAGGGCUCUUUUGUUUUGUUUUCUUUUAAUGAGAUCAUUACAAGAAGCUGGCAAUUUCCAAUUCUAA